UCAUAAGUGUAAGGCGCUUUGGAUAAAAGCGUCAGCCAAACAGCAUAAAUGUAAAUUUUAUACAAAUAAUGGAACAAAAGCAGAAUGCAGAAAAUCUUAAGAUACAAAGCAGUUGAAAUUUGGAAAAUGGACGAAUGCAUUGAUAAACCGUUGAGGAAAAAAAAACCAAAAAAAAAAAACCUUGUGAGCGUUAGAGUACUGUGAAAUUUUGCGAAAACUUUCGAGGGGUCAUUAUCAAGAAUAACGAACAGUAGCGAAGACGUUUGUUUCUAGUCGGAGGUAUAGCAGUGUAACACUCCAGUUUCACGUGGGUCCCUGCACAGUUCAAAAUGCCGAAGAAGGGGAGGUCGGCGACGUCCAGUCCUGAGCAGGAGAGGAAGAGUGCUGCGUCUGCUAAGCAAAGAAAGACAGACUGCAACAGCUCUGCCGGUCCUCUGUGCUACGACUCUCCAGCCGGCCUGUUCCACAGUCUGAUCGCCCCUGUGGCAGUAGAAGAGUUCUUUCAGCAGUACUGGGAGAAGAAACCCCUGCUUCUCCAAAGAUCAGAGCCAGCAGUAACCGCCUUCUACCAGUCCCUCUUCCGGCUGUCUGAGCUUAAGCAGUUGUGCACCCUCGGGCUGGAGUACACGCGAGACCUCAACCUGUGCCGAUGCGUAAACGGCAAGAAGAAAGUGAUGAAUAAAGAGGGACGAGUGAAUUACAACCAGCUGAGGAAGGACUUCGAUCAGAGGAGAGCCACUAUACAGUUCCACCAGCCGCAGAGGUUUAAGGAUGAGCUGUGGCAUAUCCAGGAGCAGCUGGAGUGUUUCUUUGGGUCACUGGUGGGCUCUAACGUCUACAUUACGCCUCCCGAGUCUCAGGGUCUGCCGCCGCAUUAUGAUGAUGUGGAGGUGUUCAUUCUGCAGUUGGAAGGGCAGAAACGCUGGCGGUUGUAUGAGCCCACCAUCCCUCUGGCCCGCGAAUACAGCCUAGAGCCAGAGGACCGCAUUGGCCGGCCCACUCACGACAUCAUACUGAAGGCAGGGGAUCUGCUCUACUUUCCCAGAGGAACCAUCCACCAGGCAGACACACCUGCAGGAGCAGAGCAUUCAACACAUCUCACACUCAGCACCUAUCAGAACACGUCAUGGGGUGACUUCUUAUUAGAUGUGUUGCCCGGUUUCCUGUUCGACUCCAUGAAGACGGACAUUAAUCUGCGUCAUGGCCUUCCCAGAAACCUCCUCAGUUCUUCAGGUGUGAGUGCAGAGGUCAAUAAGCAGGUGUGUGUGUUUCUGAGAGGGCUAGCUGAGCGUCUAGAACACGGGAAGCAGGAGCUGCGUUCUUCUGAGAUGAGGAGAGACUUCAUCUCCAGCAGACUCCCUCCUUACUGCAUACGGGAGGAAGACCUCACUCCAGUUGGGAAAUUACCAACGCUGGAGGAUUCGGUGUGUGUGAGGUUCAAAGAGCACAUUCUCCUCACAGUGGAGCCCAGUCAGGACAACACAGAUGAAGCCACCGAGUUGGCAGUAUUUGUGUUGCACUCUCUAAAGAACAAGAGGGAGACGCACAUGAUGGGAACACGAGAUGAGGAGGAUGAUCAGGACGAUGAAGAGGAAACAUCACAGUUCCAGGGCCUGCGCUUCCCCAUAACGCAUCUCUCUGCGCUCAGACAGCUGCUGAGCGGAGAGCGCCUCCUGGUGGCUGAGCUGCCGCUGCAGCAGGACACGGACAAGCUGGGCCUGGUGCUGGGUUUGUGGACACAGGGUCUGCUGCAGGCCGGCUGAAUUCCGGGCCUGUGGCACCGGCGAUCCGGGUCUCAGCCCACAGCGCGCCUCCUCUCCACAAUCACGCUCAGAAGCCAAGAGAGAAAGGAAUGCACGCACCGGAGCUGUUGGAGUCCCAGGACGGGCUAAAGUUGGUAAGAGCCGCGGCAACGUUUGUGCUGAGGUUUGCAGUGUGACUGCCAUGAGGGAUGCACGCGUGGGACACAGUAGAGGUAUUCUUCUGCUACAGAAUGUGCUGUUGUGCUGUGAUGCUGCACGCAAGCUGAGCGAACGUGCAGUCAGGAUCCUCUCAGUACCAUUGUUGGGACUUCUGCUGCUCUAUUGUUUCAUGUUUGCCUUGCUCGCUCACACACACACACACACACACACAGGCUCACACCUUUGAUCCUAAUCUCUGACUCCAAGCCAUGUAAUAAGAAUAUGCGUGUGAUUCAUAGUCUCUGAUAUGUCAAACACUUUAAAUAAAGGGCAGGAAGUUCUACGUGUGGAUCAGUUUGGCUAAAGGCUUAAUAAAAGCACCUGCAUCUUGAA